GGUUUCUUGGACCUUCCUGCUUCUGUCUGCUUCCUCAUCCUGCCAGGUUUCAGUUUCCCUUCCAGGCUGCUGGUGGUGGUGUGGGGGGCUGUGCCUGGUGGGUCCCAUGGAGAUGCUUGGUGCUCGGGACCGCCUGGACUGGCCCCCCGAGGAGGGGACGGCUGCAGGGCUCCAGGCCUUCGCUGUGGACAAGAACUUCCUCUCCUCCCUCAGAGGCAUCCUACUGGAAACCGAGCUGGCCCUGACCUUUAUCAUCUUUAUCUGCUUCACCGCCUCCAUUUCCACCUACAUGGCCGCGGCGCUGCUCGAGUUUUUCAUCACGCUCGCCUUCCUCUUCCUCUAUGCCACCCAGUACUACCAGCGCUUCGAUCGGGUUAACUGGCCCUGUCUGGACUUCCUCCGCUGUGUCAGUGCUAUCGUCAUCUUCCUGGUGAUCUCCAUCGCUGCUGUGACCUCCCGGGAUGGAGCUGCCAUUGCUGCUUUUGUUUUUGGCAUCAUCCUGGUUUCUGUCUUUGCCUAUGAUAUCUUCAAGAUCUACCAGACUGAGAUGGCACCCAGGGCUACCGAGGCUCUUGGCCCGCAGCUUGUUGACCUGGGACUCAGCGAUAUCUGCCCGCUCCUCUGCCUCAUCCAGCUCGUGCUGCACCUUGCGGAACUUGGAAAGGCAUUCCUGGAUGGCGAGAAUGGUUAAGCACUUGGUUGUUAACUGAAAGGUUGGUGGUUUGAGUUCAUCCACAGGCACCUUGGAAGAAAGACCUGGUGAACUACUUCCCAAAAACCAGCCAUUGAAAACCCUAUGGAGCACAGUUCUACUCUGACACACAAGUUGGAAUUGAUUUGACAGCAACUGGUUUGGUUUGGUAUUUCGUUUUUAACAACAAGCUAUGCUUUUAGGAUAUUCUUUGUUUUGCACUUCUUUUCCUUUUUCUAUGAAAAUGGGUAUGUUCUAGACAUUGCAGCUAAAAUGACUCAGCUUUGAAGAAAGAUUCCAAACAGCAAAGUUCUACUCCUGAACUCUUUAGUAACACGUUUAUAUGGGAACUAUUCCGAGGAAAAUGGAAACAACUUUUUUUUACUAGGGCAAUAUUCUUGAAAUGAUUGUAGUUGUAGAAAGAAUGUAUGUUGGGUAAGGAAGAGGGGACCAGGUCAGUGGAUGGUGUCAUCCCACAUAUAUGUGCUAGAUUAUGGAACAAAACUCCACAGGGUAGUGCAAUAGUUGGUCACAAAAACCCAUUGCAGAAUAUAAUUGAAGGGACCAUGGUCUCAGGGAACAUCUAGCUCAACUGGCAUAACACAGUUUAUAAAGACAAUGUUCUACAUUCUACCUUGGUGAAUAGCAUCU